UGUUCGUUCGGAAUGUCGAAAAUAUCUAAUGGCAAAUACUGAGCAAUAUAUUCCAAUAUUAUUGAUUUUUGAGUGUUUUCUCUUAUCCCUACACAGUCUCUACAACACUGGGAUCCUAAUUAUUCCCGCAAAUCUGAAAAUGGACAAAGGCACGAGUUCCCAACAGUCCAAGCAUGAUCAUCCACCACGUCAAUUACGAAAAGGCACCGAGAUUGCGUUACACCCCUCCGUUCCUCUUGGAAACGAAGAAGCAGCGGGUCAAAUUGCUGUGGCCGCAGCAGCAGCGGCACAAAUGAUACCAUCGAUGUAUUUUGCCAAAGGGAGAGAAAUGGGAGAAAUAUCCCAGAGAAUAACUGGUCUGAGCGAAGAGAACAACAAACUCCGGGAAAAGCUGAAGACGUUCAAAAAAGACAACACAGCAAUGAACCAAAAAAUAGGAAGUCUGGAAAAUCGAAACCAAAAGCAAGGGGAAACAAUUCGCGCUUUGGAAUCUUCCCAAGAGAAGCUGCAGAAAGAGCUCGAAAAUGUGAAGAAAGCGAAAGAGCGGCUGCGAAUCGAAAUCGAAGAGAAGACAUCGAAGUUCAGUACGGAGAAUAAGAUCCUAACCGAGAAACUGGAAGCACUGACCAAGGAUUUCGAGGAAGUUGAAAACGAAAACAAAGAAUUGAAACACACUCUGGAGGAGCUGACAAGGAGCAACAAUUCCCUGAAGGAAAUGGUUGAGUCGAUCAGAGAAGAGAAUCAACAAUUACGAGAGGACGUGGGGAGUUUGAAGACGGAACACAAGGAAAUUUCUGCUAAGAUGGAGUGCAAGGAGGUCAGGCUAGCUCUUGGUCAGGUUGCGUGGAUGCUGGAAGCAGAGAUUUGGAAAAUAGUUCUUCCUGAUCAAAAAAUGGGCGUUACCGGCAUCCUGAAAUCUAUGGAACGUUGGCUGAAGAAGAAUUCCACGACCGUGGAAGGUAAAGCAGCGCAAAAAAGAUGGGACGAGCUGAAAGUGAAACUGCAGUGGGAUGACGAAGAUCAUAAAGGGGCUUUGAGUUGUCUGAAGAAGCUACGGCUGGUAGACGCUCAUCCUGAAAACGUUGAUCUCGAAGAGGCAAGAAAACAGUUGAACGAAGGAGAUUAUGUGGCUGAAACAGACAAGGAGUCAUGCGAGGAAAUCAUCAACAUGGUGACGACUGUGAAAAUUUUGAACAAUUCUAAGUAAAGAAAACAAGCGAAUGGGCCUGAAUAUCGAAAGUACAAUAACAUUAUAAGUGGAUUAAUGACAUUUUUACUGAAAACAAUCACAAAAAACCUAUGGUGAAACAUUCUUAAAGGAAUGAAAAAAAAAGUUAUAAUAAGGAAUAAUAAGUUAUCAAGGAUUAAACCAUGCGUUUAUUUCACUUAUUAACUUAUUUUUUAUAUCCUAAAGGAUUUUAACACGUGAAUCUAACUUCCCAGAUUUUGUUGGGGUGUAAUACUGAAGAUAUCGUAACACAUUAAAAUAACGUAUGCGAGUCAGAAUAACUGUAUAACAGGGGAUAUACUGCGCAAUAAAAGACUGAAUGAUUCUCAAAUUGUUUCAUACAUGUUUUAGUUUUAAAGCAGGCAACUACAAAAACUAGACCUUGGAGUUUAUCCUGUGAAUUGUCCUAGGGAAAAGAAUCCUGUGACUGUUUUAGACAAUUACUCAUAAAAUAUGUUUCAACACAAAUUUCAAAACUUAAUAUAGGUUUAUUCAGGAUGGAUCCAGCACUAGUGCACUAAUUUGGCCCGGAAGAUCAACUUUCAACGACUUUCAAUUGACCUCGCAUAUAUGCAGGAUCUGAUUAGCAUAUAAUUUAGCCACACAAAGUUGUUAUUUUUCGCAAUU